AUGUCCUGCAGUGACUUGGACUACAUGGCACGUCACCGCGUGGUGUACGAAGAGCCCUUUUAUGACCGGCAUCUUCAGUCGCGCAAGAUGGAGAAGCUCUCCUUGACCAUCCUCGAGCUGGCUUUGCACAUGACGCGACAUGCCAACGAGCGGAUCCUCAUGAACUUUCUGGAGUGGAAUGCCGAGCAUGCGCAGCAACACGGGGGAGACCUGGAAGAUCGCAUCCAAAUCAUUCGGCUUCUGCUUGAGAGUGGCUUCCUCUGGGGCAGCAGUGACCUGGUCUGUCAUGUGGUCCCCCCAGACAAUGGCUACAGAAGCAUGGUUCGAGAUGCCUUCGCAAGGACGGUUUUGCACGAUUUGGUGCGGGAUGCGGUCCACCUCAGCUGGCAUCGAAUUGUCGAGUUGCGCCAAAGUCCUGCCUGUGGGGGCAAUAACAUGGAUGGAGUUGUGUGGAUUGGGGCACAGGCCCCCGACUCAUUCACACUUACUGGCCUCUUCAAUCAGAAAACCGUGCUCAUGCUCGCCGCAGAGGAUGGCAGUGACCACGAUGCAGCCGUGAUCAAUUUCCCGGAGCUGGUUCGGCUCUACACAAUGAUGGGGGCGCCGCUUACGACCGUGAACGAAUACGGCUGGAAUGCCGAGAUGCUUGCGGCGGCGAAGCUCAACUAUGAGCAUGCUGGCUGCCUGAGGCGUACAGUGGAGCAUCAGUGGUACCAGGAGUGCGAGCAUCAGUUCGCCUAUUUGAGUUCAGCCUUCUUGCCGCACCCAUGGUCUCUUCCAGCCUGGCUCGCGGACAUAGCUGUCACAGCCUCUUUGCAUAUACAUUGGCUUGCCUGGCUUGCUCUUGCCUGCAUGCUCAUCACCGUGGUGUUCUGUUUCAUGCUGUCCAGCUGCUGUAACGCCUCCGGUCAAGGAUGCUUCACACUUCAGACCAUUGACAUCUUUUUCAGGGUGCUUUGGCUACUGAUCCUCAACACAGCAGUUGUUGCGCUGCCUCCCAUCGUUGCCAUCGCUGUGCAGCAACAAGUUGGCCUGUUCUCGGUUCCCCCAGUCAGCAAAUGGAAUCCCCUCCCUUUAGCAACGAAGUUCAUUGUUAGAAUCACGCUCGACGACCGCACAGUGCAAGAAGAGAUCAAGCAAGACAGGAAAGCCGUUCGCAAGGCAUUCGACGCUGCCCGCAAGGCCAUGUGGGACGCGAGCAGGUCCGUGUGUAGCCAGAUGGGAUGUGGAAUUGUGACCAAGGCCCAGGUUGCACAAGCCGAUCGUUCGCUGGAUGCGCUGGGCCUGUUGCAUGGCAACGCCGAGCUGAGCAACUCGAAGAUGUGGAGCCUGCACAUCUUGGCGUCUGCAUGCGAUGGCCAAGUGACCAGGAUGAAACUUGGACAAGAUGACGGUCACCGUGCGCGUGCGCGUGAUCCGUGGGGCAUGCGGGAGAUCCAAUUUCGGUUCGUCAUGUCUUACAUCUCCAAUGGUCUCUAUAGAGCCAUUCUUGUCUAUACGCUGCCCCUGUGGCUUUGCCGUGGCAGUCUUGUGGACUUUGUUUUGAAUGCCUUCGCCCUUGUCUACAUCGUCGAGCUGGACAUGAAUCUUUGCUUCUUAGAAUCAGGGCUACCUGCUUCGAGGCUUCUUUUGUUGAGGAUCAUGCGCUAUUUAGCGUUUAUACCAAACAAGGUUCAAGUCGGGGGGUUAUAG